AUGGUUAAGGCAAUUGGGUUUGCUCCAUUGAACUUUUGUAUUAACUCAUCUUAUCUUUGGAGUCAAUACCCAGUUGCUUAUAAAAAUUUUAGGAUUGAAUCAUGUUCUAGGGUUUUUGUUAAUCAAAUAAGAGAAAAGAAAUUGAAAUUUAUACUUCCAGUUAGAAGUAAAGCUAGGGAAUUAGAGAGGGUUUUAACAACUGUGGAUGAGGAUGAAAUGAGUGAAGGAUUCUUUGAAGCAAUAGAGGAGUUAGAGCGGAUGACUCGAGAACCUUCUGAUGUUCUUGAAGAAAUGAACGACCGGUUAUCAGCUCGCGAGUUACAGCUAGUGUUGGUGUAUUUUUCACAGGAGGGGAGGGAUUCUUGA